AUGAAUUCUGCGCGAUAUGACCACACAGCAUCCGUGUUAACAAAUGGAAAAGUAUUAGUUACUGGUGGACAAAACGGUAUUUCUUCUCUAAAUAGUGCUAAAUUGUAUGAUCCAUCCACAGGAACUUGGACAAUGACUGGUAGUAUGAAUUAUGCACGAUAUCUACAUGCAGCAUCCGUAUUAACAAAUGGAAAAGUGUUAGUUACUGGUGAAUUGAUGAAUACUGCUCUAAAUAAUUCAGAGUUAUAUUAA